AUGAACGCGGCGCCCACUGGCAAUGGGGACGGGGAGACCCACCCUACAUCGGGCCCAAAGGCCAGAAAGGCCAAAAAAGGCAAGGCCAAGGAGAGUAGUCUGCUAACUUGGAACGUGUUGCAGGCUGCCGCCCGGGCGGCGUUCGUCGAGGCGUGCAACGCCUCCUGGUCUUUCGGCGUGGCCCUUGCGGCCUACCACCAAUCGCAAGCGGCUCGUGCCCGCGGUGGGGCCCGUGGUCGGGGCAGUGGUCGGGGCGGUGAUGGUGCCCGUGGAGGUGGCCUGGGUGCUGUCGGGGGUGGGGGCCCCGACAGUUCAAAGCCGGGAGCCGACCUGGGCCUCCCCGAUGCCCCCGGCUCCCAGGCUGGGGAAAAUGUCGUCUCCGGCGACGUCGCUGAAGCGUCGGGCCCCGAGCCCAAGAAGCAGUGA